CCUUGUUUCCUUGUAAAACUUUAUUGAAAGACCAAUCACAAUGUGAAAUGUGAGCGACAUAACCGGCGUGUGUGGCAACUGACGACUGAGAGGCUGCCGGGGGACUGGCCACGACCGAGUGCGGUAGUUCGCUGCGAGUUUCUCGUCACCUGCCGUGAAGAUUAUUGAUUGUCCUUUAUACUACGUAUAUUACUUUGGAGCUAUCUUUUUAUAAGCAGCAUGGAUCCUGCACUUUUGAGAGAUCGAGAGCUCUUCAAGAGGAGAGCUUUGAGCACUCCUGCCGUAGAAAAACGCUCAUCUGCUUCAUCAGAGUCUUCGAAGAAGAAGAAAGCCAAGUUUGAUAUAAGUGGGACCUCAAGUUCCAAACAGGGCUCAGAUGGAAGCAAUGGAGCAUUCAACCUCAAGAGCCUUUCUGGGUCUUCUAACUACAAGUUUGGAGUUCUUGCAAAAAUUGUCAACUAUAUGAAGACACGACAUCAGCGUGGGGACACGUAUCCACUGACAUUGGAGGAAAUCUUGGAUGAAACACAGCAUCUUGACAUUGGGAUAAAGCAAAAGCAAUGGCUUAUGUCAGAGGCUCUGGUGAACAAUCCUAAAAUUGACAUUGUUGAUGGUAGAUAUGCAUUUAAGCCUAAAUACAACUUAAAGGACAAAAAGGCGCUAUUGAGGCUCCUGGACAAGCAUGAUCAGAGAGGACUGGGGGGUAUCCUACUGGACGACAUAGAAGAAGGGCUUCCUAAUUCACAGAAAGCUAUUAAGGCUUUGGGAGACCAAAUUAUCUUUGUGACCAGACCAGACAAGAAGAAAAUCCUUUUCUACAAUGACAAAAGUUGCCAGUUCACUGUAGAUGAAGAAUUUCAGAAGCUGUGGAGGAGUGUUCCAGUAGACUCCAUGGAUGAAGAAAAGAUUGAGGAGUACCUGAAGAGACAAGGCAUUUCCUCUAUGCAGGAGUCAGGACCAAAGAAAGUUAUUCCAGUACAAAAAAGGAAGAAGGCCAGCUCCCAGAAGAAGCGGAGAUUUAAGACUCACAAUGACCAUCUGGCGGGCGUGCUGAAAGAUUACACCGAUGUUACUCCCGGCAAACAGUAGGAAUCCUGCAGUCAUCGGCAGUAAGGAUGUUUACAGAAGAGUGGGGCUUGACUUCCCUCUUAUUGCCUCGGAGCCUUAACGUGACUCCAAGUGUUAACUUUUUCCAUCCAUUACCAGAGACCUGUCUUUUAGGAUCUUGCUAUGUAUUAAAGGAUAAUUUAAUCUAGAAGUCCUAUAAACCAGACCUUGGCUAACACUGAUCUGGAGUGCUUGCUGUAGUGGCAAUUAUGUGGAUACAGCAGCAGUCUGAACUCUUCACUGUAUAUAGUGCCAGAGCAUUUUUUUUGAAAAUGUAUUUUGUUUUACAUUGUCUUCAUGUGUUGCAUAACGACUUAUAGACAAUAUUUUAUAUGAAGUAUUGCAAUGUCUACUUGCCUUUUUUUGUGGUGUUCAAAUAAAAAUCAUUUCAUUUCUGGAG